AUGUUUUUUUCGCCAACAGUUACUCGUUUACGUGAAAAAUGGGACGAAACGUCGAAUUCUGUAAUGAAACGGAAAUCCGAGCUUGUUAACAUGCUAGGCGAUUCACAAAGAUACGACGCAAAACGGCAGGAAAUUGAAGUAUGGCUCACGAGAAUGGAGAGUCGCUCAGAGAGAAUGGGAAGUACGGCAGCACAAGCUGAUGUUCCCGAUUUUGUUGUUGUUGAUGCUCAACAAAAAGAACAGAAGAAUUUCCACGCUGAAUUACACACUUACAAGCAUCACAUCGAACUUUUCAAUCAAUUAACCCAGAAGCUUAUUGCCGUCUAUCCGGAUGAUGACACAUCACGAAUAAAACGCAUGACGGAGAGUGUUAAUCUCAGAUAUAAGAAUUUGAACAACACUGUAGCGACGCGUGCCAAAAGCAUACACACUACUGUUAACUCGGUGCAAUCGUUCGACAAAUCAUUGGAACAAUUUCUUGCAUGGUUGAGUGAAGCAGAAUCAUUGUGCGAAACGGCCGAAGCAUUGAUAUCCGAGGGCGGCGAGAUUGAAUCGAAAGCUUUAGUGAAUUUAAAGGCAUAG